AUGUCAUUCUUUGGAGUCUUGUUCGAUGUUUGCGGAAAGAACUUCCAGUCUCAAUUCGACUUCGUCGUAGUUAGAGAUGUCCAAACUUCUCGUACAGAGCUAUGGAAUAUUCUACUUUGUCUCGUCGUUCACUGGGUAUCACUUGCCGCUGGUCAGGCUAGCCCAUCGCCUGCCGUCGGUAAAGUCAUCAUAGAGUACCAGCCAUUUGAGUUUCGAUGCUCUGGAAAUAUAUCCGUAUCAAUCAGUGCCAGGACUUGGACGGAAUGGCAAAUCACGACAAGCAUUAUCCACGAUGGUACACUCACCUCAAAAGCAACGAUAACUGUCUCGGCCUCUGGAGAUGGAGCAAGUGAUUCUGCCGUUCCACCGAUUGAGACUCACAGCUGGGAGGACAUGUCUGCCUCAGCUGCUUCUGGCAGUAGUCCUGGCGUUAUUGGGGUCCCAGGACCUGGCACAAUCACCAUUACGUCAACGGGAGCUCGACCAGGAGCAACGACGGUCCAACCAGAGAGCCCAGGAAAUUCAAUCACUAUCAUUACUUUUGUUCAGCCUUCUGAGAGUUCAUUGCCCGCGGUGACUUCCAUUGGCACCCGUACCGGCCUGAGCACGAAUAUUCCCGGUCCGGAUGGGGGAUCCUCGACCAUCAUCAUCACUUCCAGUGCUUCUACCACUGGUUUGACGACGAUAUCUCCUGGCCCGUCCGGCGGCCCACCUACAACCGUCACCUUUAUCAUCGAACCACCCAGCCCAGUGACCCUGACAUCUUUGGCAUCGACGACAGGCUUGACUACGCUUCCUCCCGGCCAGAAUGGCGGUCCGUCUACCAUUGUUACAUUCAUUACCACACUAUUCCCUCCAGUUCCGGUCACGCUUACUUCUGUUGUGACUACAACUGGCCUGACGACUGUUCCCCCUGGUCCGGAGGGUGGCCCGCCCACUAUCAUCACCUACAUCACCACUCCAUUGACCACGCCGCCAGUCACGCUUACCCAGACUGCAAGCACCACGGAAUUGACUACGAUUCCCCCUGGACCAAGCGGAGGGCCUUCCACUGUUGUCACUGUCGUGACCGGACCUCCUCCAGUCACGCUGACGUCUUUUGGCAGUUCGACUGGUCUAAGUACACUUCCGCCUGGGACUGAUGGGGGACCUCCUACUGUUGUCACUUACCUGACAAGCCCUCCCCCGGCAACGCUCACCUCUACCGCCAGCAUAACGGGUUUGACCACUCUUCCUGAGGCCCCGGUGGCCCAUCAACGUACUACCGGCCUAACGACGAUUCCUUCUGGAAGCCCUGAUGGUCCACCCACGGUCUUUACCUACGUGACUGGGCCUCCGCUCGUCACUCUUACAUCCACUGCCAGUACAACUGGCAUAACCACCUUGCCCGGAGGUCGGGGGGGGCCGCCUACCAUUGUUACCUUUAUUACAGGUCACCCGCCCGUUACUGUCACCUCAACUGCGAGCACUACUGGCUUAACGACUCUUCCCGGGGGACCUGGCGGACCGCCUGCGGUUGUGACCUUCGUUACAAGCCCUCCGCCGGUGACGCUGACAUCUACGGCGAGCACGACCGGCUUGACGACCUUGCCUCCAGGCCCCGAAGGAGGUUCUACAACUGUGAUCACAUUCGUCACUGGUCCUCCACCGGCCCCGACGGGGGGCCUUCGACUGUAG